CGUGUAUGCUUGGCUACGGAAGUGUUAUGGGACCAAAAAGGCUGAAACACUGACUCCACUCUCAGAGUGGUACAGUUAUAAAGAAACGGUGAAACCUGCAGCGACGUUCAGCUGUUUAAUCCAACAUUGGACGGCAAUUUAAUGACCAUGAGAGUUUUAAUAGGAGGGGGAUCUGGCUUUGUGGGCCGUGAGUUGACUCGCCUGCUCAGAGACAAAGGUCAUGAGGUCACAGUGAUAUCUCGCCAGCCUGGUCCAGGAAAGAUAACUUGGGGUGAGUUGGAGUCUAGUGGCCUCCCACCAUGUGAGGGCGCUGUCAACUUGGCUGGAGAGAAUCUGAUGAACCCACUAAGAUGGUGGAAUGAAAGCUAUAAAAAGGAUUUGUUCUCCAGUCGUAUCGACACUACAAAAACUCUGGCUCAAGCCAUUGCUGCUUCCCCCAGUCCUCCUCACUCCUGGGUCCUGGUAUCAGGUAUAGCUUGUUACAAACCCUGUCUGACAGCUCAGUAUACAGAAGACAGUGAAUGGACACCAUUUGACCUCUUAUCCAAACUUGUAAAAGAGUGGGAGGCCUCUGCACUUCUUCCUGAGAAUGUGGCAAAAACCACCAAACAAGUCGUCAUCAGGCCUGGGGUAGUAUUGGGCCGCGAUGGUGGUGCCAUGAAGCAAAUGCUGCUGCCCUUCUGGCUCGGCCUCGGGGGCACUCUGGGGUCAGGAAGACAGCCGUUUCCCUGGAUCCACGUCUCGGACCUGGCAGGAAUCAUCGCCCACGCCCUGGAGCCCCCUGCUGACACUCCCUCCCCUUCACCACAAGUGUUCAACGGCGUCGCACCUGCACUGAACACCAACUACGAGUUCACUAAAGAACUGGGCCGGGUCCUGAGGAGGCCCACCAUUUUUCCUGUGCCUGGCUUCGUCAUUAACACCCUAAUGGGCUCUGAGAGGGCCAUGGUCCUCACGCAGGGCCAGAAAGUCAUACCAAAGAGAACUCAAGAGGCCGGAUUUCAGUACAAGUACCCGGACUUGACCUCAGCCCUGAAAGAGAUUGUUGGGCGUUAACAGAUGAAUGUGAGCUGAAUUAAGAUUUUCUGUAAUUCUGUGUUCAUAUUUACUGGAUUACAAGAAUAUAAACAAAUAUGACGGCUCAACUUUAACAAGAACUCAGGAUCACAAAUGGGUGAUGGCAUCCUUGCAUAUAUUAAGAUGCACUGGGAUCUGAUUGUUCAAACUGGAUUGCUCAACAUUUAGAGUUGGUCAGGGAGACAUUGAAGAACUACAUAGCAUGAUAAAACUGCUUAUGCAAAUCGAAUGGGAUACAAUUUCGAAGUCCAUAUCGCGAUAGUCCACUUCUCUUGCUGUAUGUAACAUCACAGAUCUGUAUUUUGUCCUGUUCAGCAGAAUCUGCCCUUUUCUUUCACAUAAAGGACUCACGUGCCAAGUUUGAAUAGCAGUCUGGAUAAUCUGGGGCAGUAGGGCUGCAACUAAAGGUUAUUUUCAUUAUCGAUUUAAUCUGAUUAUUUUCUUGAUUUAAUCUAUAAAACACCAGAGAACAGUUAAAAAAAAAAAAUGUUCAUCACAGUUUCCUAGAGCCCAAGGUGAUGACAUCAAAUGUCUUGUUUUGUCUGACCAACAUCGAAAAUCUAAAGAGAAUCAAUUUACUGUAAUGUAAGACAAGGAAAAGCAGAGAAUUCUCACAUUUGAGAACCUGGAACCAUUAAAUAUAUGGUAAUUUUGCUUGAAAAGUGACUUAAACAUUUAUCCAAAUAGUUGCCUAUAAAUUUUCUGUCAAUCCACUACUUGACUAAAUGUUGCAGCUCAGCUGGGCACUAGAGAAAAGGUCUGAACAGGGCUUUAUAGGUCUUAGUGCUCUUCUUCAUUUUGUUUCCCUUAAGCAUUUAUUCUUGCUGACAAAAGGGUGCGGUAUUUUCUAAAAGAUGCAUACAAAAUCUGCUUUCCUUCAUUCCUCUUUGAUCAGCAGACCCACUACAGUGUAAUCAUCCUUUUACGAUCAGUGGUUCUUUUGGAUUUUGGGAUUCUUUCAGUAAAGGCAUGUAAUUUAUCCAGAUAGUCUCUGAAUUUUAACAGAAACAUACAGGAGGAAUUGCAGCAUGCUUGUUACAAGAAAUUGACUAUAUUUUGAUGAAGGUGGUGCACAAUAAAGGUGGGUAAAGUACA